AUGUCUGGGCAAUCAUCAUCACGAACAACAACAACAACAACAACACCAUCUCAAGAAACUCAUCAACAGGAACAAGUAUCUCAGGAACAAGCUUUCCAUCAACAACCACAACAAUUAAAGAUACGAUUUUCCCAUCGACAGAAUGUACAACCAUCUAAGAAACCAUCAUCAAAGGGAUCAUCGAUUACAGAUUCAUCUCGUGAGGUCAUCGAAAACAUGCUUACAGAUGGAGUUCAUGAAAUACUCGUACCGUCUUCAUCAUCCAUUCAACAGCCACAUUUACUUCAACAAGCUCAACAACAAGUACAAACAUCUCAGCAAAAGUAUCCUGAAGAAAAUCAAUUCGUCAUACCAUUACCCGUACAAACUAAUCAGCAAUCUUUCGGAAUACCUCAGCAAUCACAAGAACAGUUGUUACUACAAGUACCUCUGCAGCAACCACAGCAAAUGUUGAAUGUGGUAAACCCCGGAACUACCAAUACCCAAAUGUUCUUACAAGUUCCUCAGUUACAAACAAAUUCGAAUAUACCAUCGCAGGAAUCUCCGAUAACAUCUCAACAGUCACAUAUGCGAAGAGCUGAAUCAUUGUUUCUACAAGCAUCUCAGCAGUCAGCAGAAACUGAUACACGAGGCAAUCGUUUAUUCAUCAAACCAUCUCACCACAAUCAGCGCUUGCAAUUACAACAACCUUCAGAUGGAUCUCAGCAGCAAAAUGUUCAAGGAACUCAACAACUACUGCUACGGUUAUCAAAGCAAAUACCGAUAUCAUCACCACAACAACCGCUUCAACAAGCACAACCACUGCUCGUUCAACUUCUUCAACAAUCUUCAGCUACACCUCGACAACCAUGUCCAGAACAGAAGCAACAUCCAUUCUUACAGCAAACGACAUUACGUCCAGUUCAGAAGAUACCAGUACGGUCUUCUUUACAACAAGUACGAUCAACUCGACAAACACCAAUGCAGUCAUUUCAGCGACCUUUGGUACCGCAAUCAACUCAGGUAUUCCAGCAACCAAAUCAAAGAGUAUCUUCAUUCUCCUUGGAAAUACCACAAGAAACGACGCAAAUUAUGCAACAGAUGCAAUCUAAUCAACCUUCUAUCUCAUCUGAACAACCAGUUUCGCAAAGGAUUCAACAGAUGUUCCGGCAAAUAUCUCAGCAACCGAUGCUAGAAGUGAGGGGAACAAAUUCAGAAAACAGUUCGCUACUUGCUCAGCUUACACAAAUGAUUCAAUUGCAGCAAAUGAUUCAACAAUCACAGGUUCAAUCAACUCAACAACCUCCAUUUGCACAGUUUAUUCCAUGGGAAUCACUAGGAGUACCAUUGGGGAUUUUACAGGUAUCAGAAUCAGAUUUUCAAUCAUGUCAGCAAUCAUCACAAGGGGUCCAAGAUUCACUUGAAAUACCGGAGGUAUCACUUUUUGAUUUAUCUCCACAACAAUUCAUGCGCAUCAUUCAACAGUGCCCAUACAAUGGACCAUCAAAUCAGGAAUCAUCAACGAAAUCAGCUCGAGAAUCAUCAUUACAAUCACGCCAAGCACCACCUAUACCACCCGGUCAAGAAUCAUCGACAAAAUUAGUCCGUGAAUCACUUCUAAAAUCAGGCCAAAAAUCAUCAACAUCAUUGUAUCAGAAAUCAUCCAUACAGUCAUCUCGACAAUGUCCACUUUUGCAAGGAAAUCAAAUCCGAGAAUUACCGCCGGAAAGUAUUGCAUCAUUAAAUCAAAUUAACACUUCACCGACACUAAAUGAUACAGUGAUGGCAUCAGUUAGCAUUCCUAAUGCUGGUGAAUCACAGGAAACAUUCACAGAAGAUAGUUAUGAGAAUGAAUCUAACGAUGACGAGGCAAGUGAUAAUUUCAUUUCAGGCUCAGAAGCUACCAUGUCAUCACCAGAAUUUAUAGCAACAGAAUGCAUGAAGAGUAGACCAUUGCAAACAGUGGCAUCUGAAGCUUCACAAAUUACCGUUUCUACAAGACCAAGAAAUUCAAGCAAAUCACAAAAAGCAAGAGCCGACAGUUAUUCCGAUUCAACAACUGGAACUGCUGAAAGUAAAACAGGAAUCGCAGGAUAUAUGGAUUCAUGUCAUACUUCUGGUGUGAAUGAGAAUAGUUCAGGAUCAUUUAAUAACGAUUAUUUGGCAGCUUUAAUAUCUACAACUUUAGCUGCUCUAACACGAUCCUUACUUAAUCAACAAACAGAAUCUGAUAUUCCGGAAAAUAUCAGUAUUAUAUCAUCGUUACUAAAUCAUCUUUCAAAUCCCAAUGAGAUAAACCUUCGUCCGAACAAUAACACAAGUGAUAAUGAGGCAAUGCAACCAAGAAAUGAACUUUAUCAGGCAAGUUCAUUUAAGGCUAAAAGCUGUUUGCUGCAGAUUCUUUGUGGCGAUCAAUUAACGAUGCAAGAGGUGACAGAUCGUUUAGCCAAUCUAAACGCAAGAAUUGAGAGUAUGUCAAAUCUAAUGAAUAAUGGUGUGAUGAGUUCUGAUUCAUUAUAA